AUGUUUCCUCAAAACCGACCCCCAGCACCUCUACAGCCACCCCCAGGGUCCUCGGCUAGUGUUGUGGCGGCCGCUGCUGCAGCCGCUGCAGCGUCAGGUGCACCCCAGUCUCUGAAACUAACCUACCCAGAAACACUAGACCGUAUCAAGGAGGAGUUCCAGUUUCUACAGACCCAGUACCACAGUUUAAAAAUGGAAUGUGAGAAAUUGGCCACAGAGAAGACUGAGAUCCAGAGACACUAUGUUAUGUAUUAUGAAAUGUCGUAUGGCCUCAACAUCGAAAUGCACAAACAGACGGAGAUUGCCAAACGGCUGAACGUGAUCUGUGCCCAGCUCAUCCCAUUCCUGUCGCAGGAGCAUCAACAGCAGGUGGUCCAGGCUAUGGAGCGCGCCAAACAGGUGACCAUGGGGGAGUUAAAUGCUUCGAUAGGGCAGCUCCAGGCGCAGCACCUGUCCCAACAUGCAGGGGGUCUGCCUGUGGGCCCACACCCCUCAGGUCUGCCCCACCCCGGCUUGGCCUUGGGUGGGGGCUCGAGUCUGCUCGCUCUGUCAGGAGCCCUGGGGGCUCAGCUGGCAGCCAAAGACGAGAGGGCACACCUGGAGGCAGCCGCUGCUGCCGCUGCAGCCGCAGAGCACCACAGGGACCGAGAAGCAGGACCAAGCUCCCUGUCCAACGGGGAUAAGGGUCGGCCUUCAGACUACCUCAGCAACGGCAAGAAGAGGAAAGUGGACGAGAAGGAGUUCAUGACGGACUAUGGCAGCGACGCAGACAAGAGUGACGAUAAUUUGGUUGUGGAUGAGGAUCCCUCGUCUCCGCGCAGCGUGCAGUCCUAUUCCUCCAGGGAGAACGGCCUGGACAAGAUGCCCCCGUCCCGUAAGGAGGGCCCUCCACAGGCCAGCCCCACCUCCCUGGCCUCCUCCAGCAGCGCCACGUCCCCCUCCCGUGGCAAGGAACCCCCACAGAGGGAGAAGUCCACCACACCAGGCAUGAAGCCGGGAACACCCAUGUCCCAAGACUCAAACACCCCUGGACCGAGCGGACCACCCCAGUUCAGACCUGUCCCGGGAAAACCUGGAGUCGACCCCCUCGCUCUGGGCUUGAGGAACCCUCUGGCAGUCCAGGGAGCAUACCCUCCCGGGGUGUUUGGGCUGCCUCCUCCAGGGGUGAAUGGAGAGCUGGCUGGGGCGGCGGCUUACGGCGGAGGACUUCACCUGGUCUCCCCCCAGAUGAACGGAGCAGCAGCAGUAGCAGCAGCAGCAGCAGCAGCUGCAGCCGCAGGCUACGGCCGCUCCCCUGUGGUGGGCUAUGAGUCUCCACACCCACACAUGAGGGUUCCUGGGCUUCCAUCCAGCCUGCAGUCUGCCUCUGGAAAACCUGCAUACUCAUUCCACGUGAGCGCAGAUGGGCAGAUGCAGCCCGUGCCCUUCCCCCCUGAUGCCCUCCUGGGCCCGGGGAUCCCUCGACACGCACGGCAGAUCCACACGCUGAGCCACGGAGAGGUGGUGUGUGCCGUCACCAUCAGCACCUCCACCCGCCACGUCUACACUGGAGGAAAAGGCUGCGUCAAAGUGUGGGACAUCAGCCAGCCGGGCAACAAGAGCCCCAUGGCCCAGCUCGACUGUCUGAACCGAGACAACUACAUCAGAUCCUGCAAACUUCUCUCUGACGGCCGGACUCUAAUAGUGGGCGGUGAGGCCAGUACACUGUCCAUCUGGGACCUGGCCACGCCCACUCCUCGCAUCAAGGCGGAGCUGACGUCGUCUGCGCCCGCCUGCUACGCUCUGGCUAUCUCCCCCGACAACAAAGUGUGUUUUUCCUGCUGCAGCGACGGCAACAUCGUGGUGUGGGACCUGCACAACCAGACUCUCGUGAGACAGUUCCAGGGCCACACAGACGGAGCGAGCUGCAUCGACAUCUCUAAUGACGGCACUAAACUGUGGACAGGAGGACUGGACAACACUGUCCGCUGCUGGGACCUCCGAGAGGGACGCCAGCUGCAGCAGCAUGACUUCACCUCACAGAUCUUCUCCCUGGGCUACUGUCCCACGGGCGAGUGGCUGGCUGUGGGGAUGGAGAGCAGUAAUGUGGAAGUGCUGCACGUCUCCAAACCAGACAAGUACCAGCUGCACCUCCACGAGAGCUGUGUCCUCUCACUAAAGUUCGCCUACUGCGGUAAAUGGUUUGUGAGUACUGGCAAAGAUAACCUCCUGAACGCAUGGCGGACCCCGUACGGCUCCAGUAUAUUCCAGUCCAAGGAGUCGUCCUCGGUCCUCAGUUGUGACAUUUCUCCCGACGAUCAGUUUAUCGUCACCGGCUCUGGGGACAAGAAGGCGACCGUGUAUGAAGUCAUCUACUGA